AUGAGCGGCCCUUGCCAAAACGGUGACCAAAUCAAUUUCACCUGCUUUCUCUCUUGGGAUCAUGAUAUCAGCUCCAUGCUGGCUUCCCCCAUGUACUUCUUCGUGGCCAAUCUCUCCUUCAUCGACACCUGCUAUUCUUCCUCUCUGGCCCCUAAGCUCAUUGCUGACUGCUUGUAUGAAGGCACAGCCCUCUCCUACAAGAGCUGCAUGGCUCAGCUCUUUGGAGCCCAGUUUUUGGGAGGCGCUGAGAUCAUCCUGCUGACGGUGAUGGCCUACGACCGCUACGUGGCCAUCUGCAAGCCCCUGCACUACAUGGCCGCCAUGACCAGGACCCUCUGUGCCGUGCUGGUAGCCCUGGCUUGGCUGGGGGGCUUCCUGCACUCGUUGGUUCAGCUCCUCCUGGUCCUUUGCUUGCCCUUCUGUGGGCCCAACGUGAUCGACCACUUCGUCUGUGACUUGUACCCUCUGCUGGAGCUGGCCUGCGCCGACACCUACGUCACGGGCCUGCUGGUGGCCGCCAACAGCGGGGUGAUCUGCCUGCUGAGCCUCCUCCUGCUGGCUGCCUCCUACAUUGCCAUCCUGUGCUCCUUGAGGUCCCGCAGUGCGGAGGGGAGACGCAAAGCCCUGUCCACCUGUGGGGCCCACUUCACAGUGGUGGCCUUGUUCUUCGUGCCCUGUGUAUUUAUUUACAUGCAACCUUCGUCUACUUUCUUUUUUUUCAUUGAGUCCCUGCAUGUGCUCCUGAUGGACACUGAAGUCCCCAUCAGGGAAAUCAUGGUGUAUCUACACAGCGGAAUGUCAUUCGGCUAUGAAACUAACGAGAUCCUGUCAUUUGUGGCAACAUGGAUGUGUUAA